GCGGAUGGCUCGCCUGGUUUAGACACAGCAAGCCAAGCCAUCGCCAGUAUGGAUGAUCCCAAGCCAGAUCCGAUGCGCUUCUGUCAGGCCAUCGACAGCCUUGUGGACCAGAUGCAGACUGCAGCCGCCGGCGCUUCAUCCCCUGACCACAACACCGCAUCAGCGCCGCCAACUACCGACACCGCUCCCCUCCCCUCGCAGCACGAAGAUCCAGCAGACGACGAUACGAAGACGGCUGCAGCUGACGAUGGGCCAACACACGGAGCAGUCAGCAGCAACGGGCCAACCGAGGCAGCAGCUGCCGCCAUGAAUGCGAGGAAGGCGUUCAGGCGCUUCACCAGUGGCGUGGAGCUCGAAGGCCAUGCGGCCACCACGUCCUUGGACCACCUGGAGAUAAGCAACGGUGCGAGAGAUGAGUCGCCCUUUCCCAUCCCGCUGCCCAAUGACGGCGCCAGCAGAGUGACUCUGGAUGUCGUCGAGUCGUCAGACGAGGAGUCGGCUGUCAGCAACACUGAGGCAAGGCUGAAAGACGAGUCGGCCAACGCCGUCCACGGACACGUCAAGUGGGGGGCUUCGGGCACACAGGAGCCCACCGGUCGAGAAACGCCCAACUCUGACUCGUUCAGCCGUCUGAACGAGAAGUCUGGUGCCCGUUUCCUGCCGAUGGGUGGGCAGAUCGGUGCUGACGAUGAAGAGCGGAAGGACCGUCUGCCGCGGGGUGUGAUACUGCCCGACCACCGGCUGCUGUGGGACCUGCUCAUGAUACUGCUCAUAUACUGGCAGACACUGUACAUUCCUUAUGGUCAGUGGGAGGCGAAGGGACUGGGAGAGAUGGAAUGUUCAUUGUCACUCUUGUGUGUGUGUGUGUGUGUGUGUUGUGUGUGCAGACAUAGCCUUUAGUUCUCCGUCGGAUGACGUACGCAUUAAUUCGUGGGACAUCGUGGAGUACUGCCUCGACUUCCUAUGGCUCAUCGACAUAUUCCUCAACUUCCUCACCGGUACCUCCGCAUGGCACACCUCCAUUCAUCCAUCCAAUCUCUCAUGUGUGAAUGCCAUUCAGCGUACUACAAUGACGAGCAGGUUCUGAUAGUCAACAGGCAGCGAAUAGCAAUACACUACCUGCACACAUGGUUUCCCAUCGGUACGGAGAGCCACACAGCCACACACGAGCUGACAGAAUCCUCUUCGCACAUGUUCUUAUCGGUGCUCAGAUUUCAUCGCCAUCGUACCGUGGUCGUUGAUUAUUCAAGACUCCGACUACUCGUCCUCGCCCAAGCUCAUCCGCUUUGUGCGAUUCGCUAAGUACCUCAAAUUCCUCCGACUGCUGAGGAUACUCAAACUACGGUAACCAAUCCAGAAAUGCACGUGUCGGCGUGAAUCCAUUCAUCCACCCGUCCUUCUCUCGCUUGGUCUGGGGAUGUGUGUGCGUGGUCAGUCAAUUGGUCAACCGCGUCCGCGAGCUGGUGGACUUCCGGGUAAGUGCCCAUCACUGGCUGACUGAAUGUCCCAGCGUCUGUCUGUUGCCAUCUCUGUCUGUCUGUCUGUCUGUAGUUCCUCCCUAUCGUCGUUGAGGCGGUGAAGUUGAGCGCCGUGCUUAUUGUCGUCAGCCACUGGAAUGCAUGGUCAGUGAGGGACGAAACACGCCACAGCCCACAAUCACCGUGUCGUGUCGUUACCCUUGUCAGUUUGUUUUGGUUGGUGGGGACCCUCACGAGCGAGACGGCCAUCGGCCAGGACACACCGGUCGACACGUGGAUCGAAUCAAACGAGCUGCAGGGGCUCACCAGCUUCGGAAAGUAAACACACAAACACACACAAACACACACAUACCGAGAGGAGGCCCAAAUGCGCCCAUCCGUUUACGCAUGGCCGCCUCAUCCAGGUACAUAGCGACUCUGUAUUGGUCGAUUACAACGCUCUCGACGGUUGGCUAUGGCGACCUGACGCCAUACAACACCAUCGAGCGCAUAUGGGUGGUCAUCGUCAUGAUUGUGGGCGUGGCCGUCUUUGCCUACAUGAUAUCCAACAUUGCAUCCAUGGCCGUCCGCUUCUCCGAGUACAAGAAUGAAAUGGCCAAGAAAUACGAAGACAUCAAUGGGUGAGCACAGACAGACACGGGAAGAAAGAAAAGAGGCGAGCCAUACAGCGCCGAUGUCUCCCUUCCUCCCUCUCUGUCUGCAGGUUUCUGCGGGACCGCAACAUCUCCCCGGAGCUUCGCUCGCGCAUCAAGCGCUUCAUGGCGUAUCGUCUGGACAACGACUAUGUCACCAAGGUCGAGAACCAGAUGAACGAGAUGCUGAGCGACCCCCUCAAGGGCGAAGUGGCCUACGAGCUGUACAACGAGACACUCAGGAUAUUCCCCCUAUUCGAAGACUGCAAGAAAACGGUCUGUGAGAGGGAGGGGAGGGGAGGGAGACGCACUUACAGCAGAACGUGCCCAUCUCCUGUCUGUGUGUCGUCUUUGUGUGCUGUGUGUGUAGGUGAUGACGCAUUUGUGCCGUAAGGUCAAGAAGCGGCUGCUGGCUCGCGGCGAUGUGUUCCUGCACGAAGGCAAGUGGUGCACGUCGAUGUUCUUCCUGGUCAAGGGACGCCUUCACGCCACACGAAAGAAGAAAAACGCAGACGACGGAAGUGAGCGGCAGUAAUGCACCCAGCAUAUACAGCACCGCAUUAUGCCAUUCGUGUGUGGCAUGGGUGGAUGGCUGUAUUGUAUCAGCUUCUGGGGGGCUUCACGAGGACCUGUUGGCGCCUUGCUACAUCGCAGCCCGCAGCCUGUUCAUGGACUACGUCAUGCACUACUCGUUCCACUGCGCCACCUUCUGCGAGAUCGUCGAGAUCCAGAAGGAGGACUUCUACGACAUACUGCGGAUAUUCCCCAAGCUCAGGAAACCAUUCGCCGUCAUCGCAGAGCAGGUGAGUUGGGGGAGGACACGACGACAAGACAAGAGAACAAGGAAGGCCAACACACGGACACACGGACAUUGCCCUUUGUCAAUCCCUAGGUGAAGAAUGGGGAUUACACGAGCCUUGACCGUCACUGCGACACGUGCGGACGCGCCCGUCACCGCACCCAGGACUGCCCCUUCGCCCUGGAGGACCAGCAGGACGACAGCUGCUGCUGCCCCGGCACGCGACGGCGGAUCAGGGAUGCCGUAGUCAACUACUGCAAGAGAGCCCAGGCCAAGAUCCGCCAGACCACUUAUGAGAGGGACUCAUCCAUCAUCGCCAUCAGCGAAGACUACGACAGGUGAGGAGGAAGAGAGGGAUGGGGGGGCCGAUGGGGACAUGGGACGGCCACCAUACAUAGAUCGUCGCUGAUUCUCACGUCUGUCUGUCUGUUAUCCUUGGCUUAUCAUCAGGAUAUGGUCGUCGGGUCUGCCAUCCGAUCGCCAGCAGAGCACCGAAACAGACGCCAACGAGCCUAUCACCACCAAUGGCAAGGACAACAGCACCAGCAAGGCUAACAAGCAGCAGCAGCAGGGGGACGGUUCGUGGGUGUUCCGGAGCCUCACGCGCAUCGUCACGCCAUCAGGCGGGACCACAGGACGAGGCAUGUCUGAUGACGCCUUCGACUCCAGCUACAGCAGCCGGGCCAGCACAGGGGCCGCCGUCGUCAACAGGCAGCAGACACUGACACUCAAGGAGGGAGGCGGUGAGGGCAGGGAGGCGGGCAAGCCCGUCUACCCAGACAUACCAAGCGAGUUCCUCAACUGAUUUGAGAUGGCAGGAAGGCAGGCCGGCAGGUUGGAGGGAUAAGCGUGGGGCUGCGGACGCAGGUUUUGUUCUCGUCUUGUCUUACUGUGUGUUUGCGUCGUGUCUUCUGUUCGUGUCGGUGAGUGCAUCGAGAUGCCGGGCGCCACCGCGCACCGCCAUUGCGGACAGUGGUGGUGUGCCGUCGUUCUGGGUGUCUUGAUGGCUGUCCCGGCAUAGCAGAAUGACCGACCGACUGACCGACCGACUGACCGAUAGAGGGAUGGGAUGUGAUCGGGCGUGGGGUUCGGGUGCGUUGUGUUGGUGUCAUUGCCCAGUACGGUAGAGGGGUGCGGUGCAUUCAUUCAUAACUGCAAUGGUGACGGGCACUUUUUAUUGCCUCAGUCAGCAGGUCACUGAGCACACAUGGAUGGAUGCGGGCCGUUUUGGUCCGCCAGUCUGGCUGGGCCUUCCUACAUCCCUGCCUGCACGAGUGCCCUCACCCGUUUUGACGUACCCACUCCGACAGGCAGGCAGGCAGGCAGGCAGACAUUCCUGUCAAGAGAUGCGGCAGCUGGUGUGUGUCUUUUAUCAUCGAAGGGGUAUUAUCUAUCGCAUCGAAGGGUCCUUUUUAUCUAGCCGGGAGCAGUCGCAUCCGUCCACUUCUGUGUGUAUGUCUUUAUCGCUUCAUCAUGCAUGUGCC